AUGCACCCUCUAAACCCCUUUCUCCGUGCCUUCUUCCGAAGCACUGUUCCGGGGCAGUGUGUACCGAUCGAGAACCAUGUCCUUCUAGUUCCCAUCACCGAGUCGUUGAUCGGCUCGCGCGACCGUGAAUCCUCGGUACUCUACAGCGAUCUUGUCGUGUCCGAAGAGUUUCUAGGCAGCCAUGCCUUGCGGAUCCCUGGGUCGAAUGGAACCUCCGGCGCGAAGGAUGAUUCCAACGUCCGUGAUAGCAGGGCCAAAGCCAAACAGGUGACAACAGCCAAUGGUCGAACUGUCAUCAUCAAGGAGAAUUCGGUCUACAGCAACAAAGGUUUCAAAUCCCUGACCCAGGCUCAGCUGCUAUCGGAUGCCCUCUACUAUACUCCGGGCAAUGACUCCCAACCAUGGCUUAUAUACUACAUCUCUCGACCAUUGAUCGGCUCGUUCGAACCCGCGAAGAUCAUCUCUGCCGUGGUGCCCGGAACGCUCCCAACGAAGGCAAUUGCAAAUACCGCAGUCAAAUCCGGCGAACCGGUAUCUUCGCCACCGAAAAAGGAGAUCAGGACGUUCAGGGAACUGCUGGCACACUUCCCUAUGAUCGCAAGGCAGAUGCAACCGGGACUUGAGAGACUGUUCCGAGAGUUCGGGAAGGAAUUGGGAAAGCCGCUGCCUCCUCCGCCGUCGCGUUCCCCAUCCAUGUCCGACGAUCAGGACUGGCGAAGUGAUGGGAGUGAGACGCUGGGUGACGAAACGGCCUCGCUUCGGAGCUCAACAUCUCGUCGUCGAGGAGGGCUCCCAUUCAAUUCGGAGGAAUAUUUUGAGGAUGACGAAGAUCUGAUGCGCCGUAGCCUUGAAACCGCGGUGACGGCCGCCAUUGACCUAUUUCGGCUGGUCGAUAAGCAGCAGUUGUCCUUCCUCGGUGCCACCACUGAUCUGACGGGUCCAGUGGUGGAACGGUUAAUCGAGCGUUACGUGGCCGAACAAGUCCAUGAGUCACUUCUGUUCCCUCGUCUCUGCAGCUUUCGUCAACCUGAGGAUACAGAACUCGAUAUUCGGAUCCGCCAAAUGGACAAUAUUGAUGUAUCCCAGGUGGGGAUUGCCGUGGAAGGCGGGCGAGAAGGCAAACGGGAGUUACUACAGCGUCUCGGGAAGGCAGUGGAAGAAUUUCGCAAAAUGCUGGAUGCCAAGUGCCCCCACGACAUGCUGAAUACCCUUCUGGAGACAGUCAAGAUCUUAUCCUACCCGGGCAAUUACGACAGGGCUAAUCCACAUGCUUCUGAAAAGACACGCGCCCCGGUGACAGUGAAUGCAGACGUCUUGGUCUCCUUAUUGCUCAUCGUGGUUAUCCGAUCCCAGAUCAAACAUCUACAGGCACGACUGUUGUAUAUGCAGCACUUCAUCUAUGUCGAUGAUGUUGACAGCGGCGAGAUGGGCUACGCGCUGAGUACUUUCGAAGCUGUUCUGACUUAUCUUGUAACCGAUUCGGCGGGGUUACGACGAGCUAGCGCUCGCAAUAAGCGUCUGUGGUCUGCCACAAAACAAGGACGGAUUUCCGACAUGAGAUCCAUUUUGGAACCAAAUAGUGAUCCCGAAUUCGGUGACGAAAUUCCUUGCGAGCCUGAGCCGAAGUCUGUCCUUUUCAAAACCGACGAUGACAACGAGAGCGAACCAUUUCCAGGCUCCCUAUCCAUCCUCAAGUCCCCAGUCGAUGAGAGCGGCGAACACUCGCAUACCGAUACCACAACGGAAGCGCCGCCUCUAUCACAUGUGUUCCCUUUCCAAACGUGGGCAAACACUUCAUCACCGAGAGAGGCCCGUCGGCCGAUCAAGAAAGUAUCAAUGGAUGUGCGUAGCCUGUCGGAAUCUUCGGCAGUUUCGUUUGCAUCUCGAACGACAAUCGGUUCCCUGGCCAGCGGUAUCGAAGGAGACAGUUCUAUUGAAACUUUGACUAAAACGCAGGACCCUGCAGGCGAUUCCAUUCCAAUGAUGGCAGUCGAAAGCCGCCAGCCGGAGGCUCUGAAGUAUCUACUCAGUCUCGAGGAAUACUAUCCUCUGGAGGAUAUUCUCGAAGAUACAAAUACAGAAGGCACUACGUUACUGAGCGCUGCUGUGCAGCUCGCUCACACAGAAAUGGUGGAUAUCCUGCUUAACUUUCUUUUCGGAGCCGCUAACAGAGACGUCGUCAUCGCCUACCUGAGAAAGUCUGAUGUGCAUGGCCGUACGGUCGCCCACUAUCUGUUUAGCACGCCAUCGGUGAUGCGCAGGUUGGAAGGCAUGCUUCCCUGGAGACAACGUGACAAACAUGGACAAACUCCCCUUUUCGCUUUGUGCAGAUCUUAUGACCACCCAGACUACCGGGCAAUGGUGAACGAAGCCCUGACGGCCGCCCAGAAAGCUCAGGGAGAUGGUAAGCCCCUCCGCCUUGACGAACAUGUCGACUUGAAGGGCAAUACGCUAUUGCACAUUGUCAGCGACCCGGACAUCACCAUUCGGAUACUCCAUGAAUGCGAUUGCGACCCAAAUGCGACCAACGAUAAGAGAUUUACGCCUCUCAUGAUGGCUAGUAAAUACGGCCGUACUGAUCAAGUGCGGAUCCUCUUCUUGGAUCCCAGAGUGGAUGUGCAUUUGAAGGAGAGCCGUGGUUUGACAGCUGUGGAACUCGCCAAAGAUGAUGAAGUGCGGAAUCGGAUCGACGAUCUCAUUCUGAUUUCUCAGCCUCCCGCGUCAACGGAUGAUCCAUCUGGCCGUAUAACAACGGUCGUCCGUUCGUUCUUCGUCGAGGAUGCAACAGUACGCUUCGUUCUCAAGUCCGGUGCCCCAAAUCAUGUGGCGAAUUCGGCACCAUCCAAGCCAGCCAACAUGACCACUUACACUGUCACGACCUGCCGCCGCACAUUCUCAGACUUCGAAAAUCUCGCCAAAUGGCUGUCCAUUGAGCACCCUGCGUCUUACAUGCCAUCGCUCACGGAUUUCCGCAGUCCUUUCCAGGUUCACUCCAAACCAUCCCGCUCCGUAUUACACGAUAUGCAAGAGAGGCUAGACAGGUUCUUGAAGAUCUUACUAUCCCACCCAACCUUUGCCACGCAUGAAAUGCUCUGGGAAUUCUUCCUGGUCCCUGAGCUGCAGCCGGAGAUGAUGGCGGAUCGCUCACGACGAAAGGCCCAAGUCCUCUUCGAAUCCAUCAUGGACGAUUAUGAACCGGUGACUGCGGACGGUAUGCGAGAGACGGAACAAUUUGUCUCGCACGCCCAAGAUAUGGUGCGCUCCGUUCACGUCAACACGCGUGGUCUUAUCCGCCGCGGUCAUGCGCUGCAGAAUUCCACUGCCGAUCUCGCUGAUUCAAUAGCUCUCUGUUCCACCGCCGUUUCGACCCUCAAGGCACCUACCAAUGCCCUACCCCAAACCCACGUUGAUGCUUUUUCCCGCUACGCAUCAUAUCUUUCUACCUCAUCCACCGACUCCUCUCCCCUCCUGCAAUUCCUCACAGGACUCUCCUCCAUUGACAACACUACCACUGCAAUCCUCGACUCCCUAUCCCGACCCAUCUCCCUCAUGUCCAGCCUGGCUUCGACGAACCGUGCGCUUUCCCGCUCCCGGUCUUCUCUUCUCUCAUCAUCACUUCCUAGGAAGUUCAAUAUCAAUUUCCCCGGUCUGGAAGAAUCUCGCCAAAAGUCCGUGCGGGAUCUGGAAAACAAAAUCCAAGAGUCCGAAGCGCAGAUUGCUCGGAUCUCCCGCGAGAUCUCAUGGAACAAAGAUGUCGUGGUCGCUAAUAGACUUGAAUUGUCACUUCACGGACUUCUCAUUAUGUACGAAGAGAAUGAAAACCAACACUGGAGGUUCAACUACCCGCAAGCGCCUGCCUGUCUGGCCCAUAACCAACUUAUAGUCGGCACCGAGUCUCAAUUCUUACCCACCGGAGACGUACUUCUCUGCAGUGCUGGCAAUGCCACGGAUGAUUUCGAACCAACAUCCUUGCCACCCCUCUCAUUCUCACUCGUCUCACGCCGUCCCGGCGACGCCCGCAUCGAAACAGCAUGA